AUGAAACGUGCCGUCGCUCCCUUCCUCCUGUUCUCUGCAGUACGAGUAGCUCUCGCUGCUAACUGCGCGUGCGGAUACAUCGAUUCAAACAAUCGUGUCUGGCGCGAGGCAAUCGUGUCCAACUUCACUCAACCACAAGGCGCUCUCGCGGCUGUCAACGAUAAUUGGAUCAUUUCGUCCGAAACGAUCGUACAGUCGGGACAGAAUCAAAAGAAUAUCGAAUAUGUCACGGGAAAUGUGUUCCAGUACAACGACGCAUUGGGUAUUCGGGCAUCAGCUUAUACAGGCGGUGCAGGUGUCAAAUCUGGAGAAAUAUUUACAGAACGCUCGAAUAUCCUGUACGGCACCUUCCGCAUGCGCGCUGUCGUCCCCACCGUUCCAGGUGUCGUCUUUGGGUUCUUUACGUACAUCAAUGAAGUCCAGGAACAAGACAUCGAAUUUCUCUCAUCGGAUGAGGAUUACUACCAGCAUGUGUACUAUACCAACCAGCCGGGUCAACUGAAUGGCGACGUUGAUUGGGAUGCACACAAGGAUGUCGUCGUACCCGGAGCGGACUUUACCGCAUUUGGCGAACACCGGAUCGAUUGGUUGCCGAGUGCGUCCGAGUAUUACUACCAAGGUUCAAAGACCGCAACCAUCACGAAAAAUGUACCGAAUACACCAUCCGAAUUGGUCCUCAACGUUUGGAGCAAUGGUGAUCCCAAUUUUUCGCGCGGUCCCCCGACUGCAGAUGCCAUUGCGACCGUUCAGUGGGUGCAACUCUACUUCAAUUCGACAGCCGUGUCGGAGAGUGCAUUCAAUUCGGCGUGUGCAGCUGCUGGACAUGUUCCGCAGUGUCGUGUAUAG